AUGAAAAUUCCACAGGUGGAAUCGAGAAAGAUAACAAUGAUUCUUGCCAGAAGCAGGUUGCACACGUUUAGUAAAGUGCUAAGAGAGCUUCCUGCACUAGAUAUUGUUAAACCAAGAUUUGAAUUUCAAAGACAAGCUCAAAAUGUUAAGCAAUCGCUAGCAUGUAAUCCUGGUGAUAAAGUCGUUAUAAAUGGAUGGAUUGAUAAGAAGCCAAGAAAAAUUGGUAAAGAAUUGAUAUUCGGCGAGAUUCGUGAUUCUCAGGGAGAUGUGAUUCAAGUGGUUGAUUCUCAAUCAUUUCUGAAGAAUGCUGCUGUAGAAGACGUUGUUCAAGUGCAAGGUUCACUGGCAUUGAAAAAGGGCAAAAAGAGCGAUGAGCCCAAGACCAGCUUGGAAUUGAAGUUAGAAUCUGUUGCUACUCUUAACGGUGCUGAUAAAAGAGCUGCAGAUUUACAAGAUUUUAAAACCAAAGGUGCGUACCCUCCGGAAUACAGAUAUUUACAACUGAGAUUACCAAAAUUCCAACAGUUUUUACAGACUAGGUACCAAUUAUCCAAAGCUUUGAGGCAAAAAUUUGAUGAACUAGGGUUUACUGAAAUUGAGACCCCCAUUUUGUUCAAAUCAACUCCAGAAGGUGCUCGUGAAUUUUUAGUUCCCACUAGAAGAACUACUACUGAUGAAGAACCUACUUUUUAUGCAUUACCACAGAGUCCUCAACAGUAUAAGCAAUUGCUUAUGGCAAGUGGUAUAAACCGCUAUUUUCAAGUAGCCAAAUGUUUCAGAGAUGAAGAUUUAAGAGCAGAUAGACAGCCUGAAUUUACACAGUUAGAUUUAGAAAUGGCAUUUGCCAAUGGGGAAGAUGUGAUGCAAUCGGUGGAAGAAGCAGUAACUUUCGUUUGGAAAAAACUGUCCAGAGGUCUCUACACCUUGGAUAUCCAGGGCAACGUGGUCCCUGUUAGCGAAUCUCAACCCGUAAGACAUAUGAGUUACAGGCAAGCCAUGUCACAGUAUGGUAUUGACAAACCAGAUUUAUGUGCGCCAGAUCUCAAGAUUCUUGAUCUUUCAGAAUUCAGAGCACUAGGAAAUUCGGACAAGAGCUUCCCUAUUUUUGAAGUUCUGAUCUUAAGAAAUGCAUUCGACGACAAGAAAGACUUUAACAAGAAAUGGUCAUUUUUGAAGAAUCCUGAACAUUACAACUAUAGGACUCCUAAAGUGGUUCCCAUUCUAAACGAGCAAGAUAAGAGUCAAUGGGUUGACCAGUUCUUGGACAUUGCCUUCUUUGAAAACCCUAAACUAGUGGCCAAGGCCUUAGACCUACAACCUGGUGAUAUCAUAUGUGGAUCUACUAGACAAGAUAUUUUGAAGUUAUUUGAGAAUCCUACACCUUUGGGUAAAUUACGUCAACUGGUCAUGAAGAGUAAUGCAUACAAGGACAAAUUGAUAGAUCAGGACGUUGCAGUCUGGAUUAAAGACUUCCCUCUGUUCUCUCCGGUGGAAAAGGAGUCUAGUAAUAAUUUCGAAUACCCAGAAUAUGAAGAAGAUCGUGUAGAGUCAUCUCAUCAUCCUUUUACUAUGGUGCAAAUCCGUGAUUAUGCCAAAUUGGGAACCAAUCCAACCCAGGCAUUGGGACAACAUUACGAUCUCGUUGUCAACGGUGUUGAGCUGGGCGGUGGAUCCACUAGAGUGCACGAUCCACAGUUGCAAGAAUACAUCUUUGAAGAAAUUCUAAAGAUUAAAGAACCUCACAAAGUUUUCGGCCACUUGUUAGAGGCAUUCAAGAUGGGUACACCUCCACACGCAGGAUUUGCAAUUGGGUUUGACAGAAUGUGUGCCAUGCUCUGUGGUACUGAAAGUAUUAGGGACGUCAUGGCUUUCCCUAAGAGUGUUACAGGCUCUGAUCUGGUCGUAGGAAGUCCCUCCACAGUCAAGAAUGAAGCUCUUGAGCAAUAUAAUGUCUUCAAGAAGAAGUAA